AUGUCCGUCGUUGUUUCCUCAGACUCCGCAAGCGAGUAUCGAGGCAGCGAUCAAUCCUACUCGCCUGCGCCCGACACGCCUGGCCCCCGCACUCGUGCGACGACUCAGUCGUCCAAUCGAGAAUCUCACACUGGAGCAAACAGGCCGACGGUCCACCGUUCCCAUGGGACGAGCGACCAAACUCCCUCGCCUGCACCGGACCCCCCUGGCCCCCGCACUCGGUUGACAACCCAGUCAACCAACCGCGAACCUCAGAGCGGUCCCGUCAGGCCGACGGUCCGCCGAACUCAUGGGGCUGGUGGCCGACUACCAGCUGGCCCGCAAAGGGGCGCUUCUACCAGAGCAGCUGCCGGGCCGGGCCGUGGGGCCUCGAGACCAAGACCGGCCAAUCUCCCUGGGGUGCCAAGCAGAGCACGGGCCACUGCCUUGAGCACUCGACAAGCAACAGCAGUCCAACCUACUGGCAAUGAGGCAGACCCCCAGGGAGCAUGGCCCCCAGCUAGGGUGCAUCUGACUGUUGAUGACGAGCCCAUCAACGACCAGUUCGUCUCAGAGGUCGAUGCCAUAUUUCAGUUGGGUGGGUCGUAUGCUGACCUUGGUGAACAACUGGCCUAUGUGCCAUUGCCAAGGCAAUAUGUCGUUGGGAUUUAUGGCCUCUUAUCGGUCAGGCAAGCAAUUGAAAGGCUCCGUCAAGAUAUUCUCAAUGCGCCUCAUGGUCCAGGGGCAGCGUCAGCAGAAGUUUCCAUGGCGUCCCAGGCUCAAAACUUCCACUACGUGGCAGUAUUUAGUGAUUAUGUCACCCGACAAGCCCGAGAGCUCUUGAUGAGCCGAAAUUUGGGCGUCUACAGUUCUGAGGCGCCUCGGGGGGCUCCCAGGAAGGCAAGAGGCCUCCUCACUUUAGUACUGGAGAAGAUUAAUGAACAGAGUGACGAGUUCAAGAUGCGUUACCUGCCACGUGGUUAUUCUGUUCCGGAUCCCGCUGCACAAGGUAGUGUUACUACUUAUGUACGAGGUAAACUCAGGAACAGCCGAGGCAAAAUGAGAGACUUGCUACUCACAAACAUUGAUAUGAAAUCUGAGCUCCCGGUUCCAACAAUAUCAUCCCUCUUGACUUUGAUGAGGUCUAGUUUGAUCCCACCACUCCCCAACAACGCACCAGCAACAGACACCACCGAAAAAGGGCGGAGGGAGUAUGGUCUUCUGAAGGCGCGUGUGGCUUAUCUGCGACUCCAAACGAUAAUAAACUACAUACGCCAAGGGGGGGAAUCCAAUCGACAAUGGAAAAACAUUGAUGAACACUUGCGUGACUUGGCCUAUAAGAGUCGCGAAUACCGAUCUGUUUUUUACCAGUUGGUGACCAGGUACGAUCGCAAAAUUUUUGGUGGCGAGGAGGUCUUUUCCAACAUAGAUCGGGAUUCCAUUUCUCUUCCAACACACGAGGAAAUAGAGGCUCUUGUUGCCAGCAAUUCUGCUGUGAACGUCGAAGCCGAGGGAGAUCCUGGCGAGGAUGUCUGA